AUCCCUUGAUGUUUUAUAAAUUACAACUAAAAGACAAAAUAAAGUUAUUAUUGAGGGUAAAGUAGUAAUCUUAUAAAAGUCAAGUACCUUUAUUUUUGGUAAUCAUUUUUCAAGUUGGAUUUUGGGGAGCAUAUCAUCUAUAGUCAUUGUAAUAUAAUUAAUCAUAAUUCAUAAUAGUGUGGGAUCCAUCAAAAUUUUAUGUGGAGUCUACAGUUAUAAGUGGUGGACCCUACAUAAUUUUUUAUUGUGAUUGGACAAUUGUAGGAUUGUAAUAAAAAAAAUUGUAGAUGAAAUGCUCCCUAGAAUUUUGGGCCUUGCCUUUUUACCAAGAAUUAAUAGCUCAUUUGCAGGUCAAACUGUUAUGAUUCAAUUGGCAGAUCUUUUUGUUUGUGCUUUUGCUAGCAUAUUUCGAUUGUGGCUUUUCAAUAGUACUUUUUUCAUUGCAUUGCUGGUGGUUUUCAUCUAUUCUUAAGAUACCAAAAGUAGUUAAUUGAUCGCUAAAGACGUUCAUUUGUCCAUUGUUCUGCAGGAUGAAUGUUUUCAAGAUGACAAGUCAACAAUUAAGCAAAAUGGAUUACUUGUAAACUCUGAGAAAUUGGAAUGCAUAAAUGAACCUGUAUUGUCAGUAGCUCAACAAUCAAGAAAACGGAGUAAAAAUAUGGCCGAAGCUCAAGGAGAGAAAGUUGAUGAUCACUUACCCAGUAAACAUAUGAAAGUUGAACAGGGGAGGCUAAAUUUUGCUGCAACAAAUGCUCUGCUUGAAGAACAAUCUUCUGCUCUCUUGCAGAACUCAGCUGUUAUUAAUGAACAUGAUCAGAAAUUGCAUAACCUGUUGAGUUCUCCUGUAAGAUCUUCUUUUAAGAAGCCUGCUACCAUUGGAACUAAGUGUGAGCAUUCUUCAUACACAGCAAUCUCAAAUAAUGAUGCUUCUAUAUCUCCACUAAAUUCAAAGGAUGCUGAUAAGUAUAGGAGUGCAACCAUCCACUCUAGUGAUAUAGGAAAUAAUGCAAACUCUCUAGCAACCCAUCAGAAGUAUCUGGAAAAAAAUUCUUGUAAACAACUUGAGUCUCCAGUGAGAAAAUUGAUGACUGAUAAUGAUAAAGAAGGAAUUUCCACCAAAAUAGAGCAGAGGGAGAAAAGGGCAACAUGUGGUGAACUGCCAGAUCUUAAUCUUCCUGUUUAUCCAGCGCAACCAGAGAAAAGUCCCUUUGUGCAGUCAAAGGAUGUUUCUAAUUUGAGGCCAAAAGGAACAAUGCUUGAAAGGGCCAUAAGAGAGUUGGAGAAAGUUGUUGCAGAAUCUGGUGUCUGCUCAAUAUUCAUGACAGUGAGACCGGCAACCAUGGAAGUUCAGGAUGUAGAUGCUUCAUCUGCAGCUCUUAAAAGAAGGCUGCCUCGUGAAGUGAAGCUGAAGCUUGCUAAAGUUGCCAGAUUAGCACAGUCAAGCCAAGGGAAAAUAUCAGAGGAGUUAAUCAAUAGGCUUAUGAAUAUUCUUGGGCAUUCGGUGCAGUUGAGAACACUGAAGAGGAACUUAAGAGAGAUGGUUUUACUGGGACUCUCUGCGAAGCGGGAAAAAGCUGAUAGAUUUCAAAAGAUUAAAAUGGAGGUCACUGAAAUGAUCAAAUUGCAGGCAUCUAAACGAAGGGAUGUAGCAACUGAUGAUUUACAGGAAGUGCUUGGUUCUGAAGAACAACUAGUCCUUAAAGAACAAUACAUCAUAGAUAACGCCAUGGAAGAUAAAAUCUGUGAUCUUUAUGACUUAUAUGUCCAGGGGAUGGAUGAAGACAAAGGUCCACAAAUCCGAAAGUUAUAUGUUGAGGUACUCGUUGUUCCUAUGCAGUUUUGGUUUUGGUUGCUUGUUCAUAUUUAUUUGCUUUUCUUUCAUAAAUUAAUUGCCAUGAUAUUUUCCUAGACACUGGCUUAUUCUUUCAUGGUGAUUAAAUGUAAGCACGAAGUGUAGCAUUAUCAAUUUAUGACCUAAUGUGUGAAACACUGGCCUUAAGCAUUUUGACUUGGGUGUUAUCCUUUCUCUCUAUUCUCUUCUUCAGUUCAAACUGUCUAGUUGCCUUGAUCUGCCAAAUUUGUAACUGCUGAUAGAAUAGAGGUUAGGGUAAUGGACGACUAUUUGUAGUUGAAAAACAGAGAUAAAAACAAUGUUCUCUGAGUUUUAUUUUAUUAAAAGGGAAUCCCCAAAUAUAUAGAGGAAUCGAUAUGUACAAAGAAACCCACAAAAUUAGGACAUAAUCAGGACAUAAUCAUCCAAAUAUAGAAAGAAAUAAAAGACCAAAAAUAUAUAUCCCAACAAAUUGGGAAAUUGAUCCUGAUUAGAUACAUAAUCUAUCAACACUUCCCCUAAAGCUGGAGAAUACAUAUUUCUCAUUCUCAGCUUGUCAACAAGAGUCUCAAAGCUUGGUUUAUAUAGUCACUUUGUUAGGAUAUCUGCUACUUGUUCCUUUGUAGGAACAUAGGUCAUAUAGAUCACUCCCAUAUCAAUCUUCUCUUUGAUAAAAUGUCUAUCAACUUCCACAUGCUUUGUUCAAUCAUGAUGCAUUGGAUUAUGAGCAAUAUUUAUAGCAGCCUUGUUAUUGCAAUACAGUUUCAUAGGGUAUUUAGUUGUCAUUUUCUAUUCUUCCAAAAGUCUCUUCAGCUAGAUAAGUUUGCAAGUUCCUUGUGCAAGAGCUCUAAAUUCUGCUUCUGCACUACUUUGAGCAACAAUAGAUUGUUUCUUGGUCCUUCAUGUGACAAGAUUACCCCAAACCUUUGUACAAUACCCAGAGGUGGAUUUUGUCUUCAAUUGAUCCUGCCCAAUCUGCGUCUAUAAACCCUAUCACAUUUCUUUGUUCAUUCUUCUCAAACAACAAACCCUUACCAGGUGUGACCUUCAAAUACCUUAAGAUUCGAUACACAACUUCAAGAUGCUCCUCAAAUGGGUAGUGCAUGUACUGACUUACUACUCCAACUACAAAGGCAAUAUUAGGUCUUGUAUGAGAUAAGUAGAACUGCUUUCCAACUAGUCAUUGAUAUCUCCCUUUAUCUACUGGAAUUCCUCCUUUCUUUCCAAGUUUCGCAUUAGGAUCUAUAGGUCUAUCAAUUGGUUUAUAGCCAAGCAUACCAGUUUCCUUCAAGAGAUCAACCGUAUAUUUCUUUUGGGAAACAAUAAUGCUAUUCUUACUUCUUGCAACUUUCAUCCCUAAAAAGUAUUUUAGUUGUCCAAGAUCUUUAAGCUCAAAUUCUUUUCCAAGAGUUUUCUUUCACCUUUCUAUUUCUUCAGUGUCAUCACCUAUCAAUAUAAUAUCUGUUAGUGUAUGCGUGUGUGAGUUGAAAUAUUAUAAGAAUAUUCCAUGGGAUACAAUUUAGGAGGGAUUAAUUGGGAGCAUUAAUGUGUAAUUUGUAAUUGAUUCUCUUUCCUUAUUAUUGUCUAUAUAAUGAAAGGCUAAUCCAAGGGAUUAGCAAAUUGUUCUCUAAAACGUUAAUUUUAACAUGGUAUCAAAGCUAGCAGUGCAAUUCUAGCUGCUGUGGACCUCUCUCUUUCCCCAAACUCAUCUGCUAUAGCCUUUGCGGCGUCAACUAAACCGUCGUUACUACAGACUUUGAUCUCGCAGCCCUAAAGCAAUGUACUUAAAACUUUUCCUUUCUCUUCAACAGUCCUUCAUUAGUUAAAAGGGGGGCCACCCCUUUAUUCUCAAAGGUAGCAAGAAGGGGUUGCAACCUCUUCGUGAAUGAUAGAUCGAGAGGACAAGUUUUCGGUGUAGAGUGUGGUUGCAGAACUAGGGACGAAGUUCUUGGUUGUUGAUUUGGGAUUGUGUUACCUGAUUGAAGGAUUACUAGUUGUAUUUUGGAGGAAGAAGGUUUUGUAGCCAUGGCUAAGGAAGAGGCAACCACAUCGAAUAUGAUAACUUAGGAGAUUAUCACGGGCUCAUGGUUGUUGGAUGAGAAACUCAAUGGCUCCAACUACUUAUCAUGGAACGAGACUGUGUUGGUGACCUUGCGAGGUCUUGAAAAGGCUCGGCUUUUGACAAGUGAGCGGCCAACAAAGGAAAGCUCGGAGUAUGCAGUGUGGGAGCAUGAGGACAAUCGAGUACUUGGACAAUAGUUCAACUUGAUGGAAUGAUGAGUCAAGGUGAUGUUCAAUUAAUACUUCACAAGGAAAGAACUUUGGGAUGCUUUACAAAUUGUUUAUAUAAAUUCUGAGAAUUGGCAGAGGAUUUUCGAUGUUACUAGGGCAUAGACUAGAAUGGAGCAAUCCGGUAAGAGCCUGAGGGAAUAUUUUGUGUGUUUAAGGAGGUAUAUGACAAGUUUAAUGAACUCAUGCCCUUGUUUACCGAUUUGGAAACAAAUCAGGAGCAACAAGAGGCUCUAGCUAUAAUGUUUUUCUUAGCAGGUUUGAGGAAGGAGUGCGCCGGUGCUAGUACUCAGA